AUGGAUGCAUCGACGUCGGCGACUAUCGCGGCCCUUGUGGUUGCGAUCCUCGCCAUGAUUGUGGCAAUGCUGCAAGCAGCACAGCAAUACAUCGUGACGGGUCAGCUUAUCCGGCUCUGCGAUUCGGUCGUAUUUGGGAAGAUGCCGGGGCAAGGACGGCGAGUCUGGCAAAUGCAUCAAUUCAGGUUUCGCAUCGUAUAUUCUAUUCCACAGGUCAGUUUGAGGAGGGAUUUGUGGCCGGAGACGCUCCCUCACAUCCCCUCGUACGCCAAGGGGUCGAGGUCCUUGCCUGAUCUGGGAUUUUUGGGGUUAACCCAAGGAUUUGAGCUUGAAGCUGCCAAUGGUGGGAGUCAGUCGGUGUUGGUGUCAGCUGGGGAAGCGUCCUGGGUUUCUUUUUGCAGAGCAGCCCAGCUUUCCAGUGGACACUCCAUGGUACUGGAUCUGGUACAAGGCGACGCCGAUCGAUGUCCACCAGACCUACCAAAUGUCCCAAUACAGAUGUCAAUGCGUGACAUCGCAACCUUGGGGUUAAUGACGGGCAUGAAGUGCACCCAAGCCUCGUUUGACGGGAAGUCUCUCUCCAUGCAGGGAGCGAUCGGUACCAUCACUACCUCCCAGCACCCAUCGUUAGGCCCACUUCUGCAUUUCAGCCCUCGGAACAUGUCUAUCGCAGAGAUUCGGGAGCUUACAGUUGGCACUGGUGAUAUAAGUCCGUUUUGGAUGGCGCGAAUGUGGGACGAGGUCGUUGUGGCGGGUCGUCGAUACACCCGCAAGGACAGAGUUCAAGUCGAGCGAGAAGAAGCCUUCUGGGCUGACAGACCUCGAGAGAGGGCAUUGGUCCCGGCCACACGAAACUGUUCCCCUCCCCCGGAUUCACUCUACGGCCUUCGUCGGCGAGUCAGUGUAAGGUCUUCUAUGACAACCAACUCUGUUUCAAACCAGCCGACAGACAUAAAACCUUCCCCAACCGGCUUAUUUGGGUCCCAAUCACUCUGUAGGGAAGGGCGACCACUAUGGACGCGAUCUGAUGGAGACUGGCACUUGGACAACAGCCCUCCAGGCCCCCGGGUGGUAUCUCUGAAUCAGGCACCUGCGGGGUCAGAGAAGCAGGAAAUGGGUACUACGUCGAACAUGAAUAUGAAGAUCAAAUGGAGGCUCUGGAAUAAUCGGCUUCGAUCAUUCAUACGCCAAGACAAUUCAUCCGUCUCUGAUAAGCACCAUGAUCCAUUUGUCGCUGAGAUCGAGAGUGGAACAUCUCAUGAUGGGGAGAUUGGUAUUUCCCAGAUCGCGAUGUCAUCAUCCACCGCACGAUCAGAUCAUAUUCGCGUUAACAAGCAUAUGCACCCUAUGGACAAAGGAGCAGAGCUGCAACCUCGCUGGCUUAUUCGAGACUACAUAAAUCAGAAGCAAAAGGAUCUCACAGUCCUUCAUGAUGACGAGUUGACCCGCGACGGACCGCGCUUGAUUGAAUGGUAUAACGAGGAGGAACUGGAAAUUCCAGAGUUGAACGGAGCUCAGAGAAAGAUUGCAAAUGCCGUACUGGAUGUAUGGGCGGGCGCAGCCUAUGACUUGGGUGAACAUCGCCCUGCAUUUUAUGCUCGAAGGUGGCGAUUCAUCGUCCAGCAACGGCAAGCAGAGCGCGAGAGACGGCCAAUCUCGCGGUCAAGGACCAUCGAUCAAGGGUCCCAUGUCCGCUCGCGUCCUCCGUCUAGGAAAGAUGUCGAAUAUGGGGACACAGUUGUGUCUCCAAAUAGCCGAAUCAAUGAAAGGAUCGCCUUGCACUCAGAAAGCAAAAGCCCAGUAUCACCUGAUAGUGACCACAGUCACCCGCAAUCUCGUGUCGGCUUCGAUCAUGCAAUUCAAGUCUUUCAAACUUCAAGUGACGAGGAAGAGGAACUAGAGGAUGAAUCUAGCCAUAUCUCGCCCGUCGGUCAUGGAGUCAGGUCGGAGAAGUGGCCAGCAGAAGAGUCAAGUUUCCAUGCGAAUUCGAUACCUCCAUCAAAAGGAAUCCCAAAAGGAAUCCUCAGGCCGCCCAGAGAGAGUUUUCCAGAAGACCCAAAUCCUAUUCGUGAAGGGGUCGCUCCGCUGAAAGAUGCUAAGCUUGAUGGUAUCCCAUCCGGGGCCCGGUGGACUAGAAUUGAUCGGAAGCUAGUCAGCCCCGAAGUUUUGGAGAUGGGGAAUGAGAGAUUUGAGGUGACACCAUCUAGUGUCAUCGUGCUGCGAGUACUCACAAAACAAGAAGUUCAAAGAUAUGCAGCGCUGACACAUAGGAUGCAAGUACUCCUAGGAGCCAUCAUAUCCUCCACCAUGAGCGAACUGUGGAUUCUGAGUGGAGUGCAUCCAUUAAGUUAG